AUGGACAACAGCACUGAGACUAUUGAAACCAAGGUUCUCACCUUCUGGAGGACAGCAAAUUACGAUGAUGGAGGUGAAAAUGGUUCUCCAUCUCUCACCUGCGAUUAUGAAGGUCAAGAGUAUGUAGUCUCACCAGCGACCGUUAGGAAGGCUCUUCAUCUUCCUGAAGAAAAGAAGUAUGAUGCUUCAGAUAAACUGAAAAUAGCUUUACCUGACAAGUAUGAAGCCUUAUUCUCUGAUGAGAAUAUCCCACAGCCUCCAUCACCUGCUCAUGAACCAAUAGUAAAAUCUGAUCCCAAACCAACCUCUGGUUCUUCUCAACAAGGACCAGUUGAAAAAUCUUCACCAAAAAGGAUACUCAGAUCCACCAAAUGCCCAAUCAAACCUUCCCCUCCUCCCAGAAAAAGAAGAUUUCUACAGAAAAUUUCAGACUCUGAAUCAGAUGAAGACAUUCCUCCUCCUCCACCAGCAAAGAAACUGAGAAAGAAAAUAAAGCCAACCUCUAUCACUGAUCUGACUGUGGAACCACCUCAGUCAGAGGAUCCUGAACAAGCCUUGAUUCCAUUCUCUGAUCAAUCUGCAGAGCCCCUAUUGAUUGAACCUCUUUCUGCAAUGCCACUUGAUAUUGCUGCAGCUGACAAACAAAUGUUAGAGUCAACCUCUGAUCACAAUGAUCAGACAGAGGGAAACAAGUCUGUUGAAGAAAAAAUUGCAGCUGAUACUGAUAUAUCAGAAAAACCCUCUGAUGCACCAAGCAAAUCAGAGGAUGCACAAAUAGAAAUGGUACUCCAUCUAAUCCAGGAUUCUCUGGUUCAACCUGAAGAUAUUGUUGCAGCUCCUGCUCAGGAGAUUCCCAUGGCUGAAAACUCUGAGGCAGCUACUGAAGCUCUAGAGUCACAUACUCUGAGUGUUUUUCUUGCAGACAUUGAUGAUGAUGAAGGAACAGAAGUCACAUCAACCCCCAUUCAAGCUCCUGGUAUACACUCUAUUAUCUCUGAGCCAGUCAGAGAAACUACACCAGAAAGGGUUGAUUCCCCAGUUAAGGCAAUGUCACCAGUCAGGGAAUCCACUCCUUUUAUAGCUCCUGCAGUUCCAAGUUCCCCACUUCCAUCCUCUGAGCCUGCCAGAAGGAGAAUUUGUCACUUAUCUUACAAUCACAGGAUGUGCAGAACCACAUCACCUUCUGUUGAGGACAGACUUACCUCUAUUGAGGCCACUCAGGCUUCAAUGCAUUAUACUCUGACAGAUUUGAGUGCUUCUGUAGCACAGCUGGUACAGAUUCUCACCUCUGCUGAUGUCAAAAAGGGGGAGAAAACAUCCAAAGACAAAUGCAAACCUGAUCAGCAAAUAAAAAGGAAAAAGCCAGAUGAUGAUGAGGAAGAAAAAGGGGAGAUGAGCAAACACAAAGCAGUCAGAGAUUCAGAUGCUGUAUCUAAAGAGAUAAAUCUUGUGAGCUCUGAGGUGGAAAAGAAGAAAGAAAAAUUGGUUGCUGAAGCUGAAAAGUUGAUUGAAGCUGGAGACCCUGAGUCUCAGAAAUUUUGUCAAACUCUGAAGUUCAGAGGCAAAGAAACCACUCUUUUCUAUAAAUCUCCCUCCUUGCAAGCAAUUGAUGAAGCCAUGGCAAGGAAAAUCUUUGAAAAAGAAAAUCCAGGAAAACAGAAGAUUCCAAAGCAAAAGGGAAUAGUAAUCAGUGAGGUGAAUUACACUGAUAUCAAUAGACCAAGAACCAGAUCUCAAACUCAAACUCUGUCUGAGUCUGACUCAAAAGACAAAGGAAAGAAACCAGUUGAUGUAGUUCUCCCAGUUCCUACUAUGCCAAAGAAGUCAAUAAUUACAUUAGCACCAGAGAAUCCUACUGAGAGGAUGAUCAAGCUGAGCAAGAAUAUACACAUAAUUGCUAAUGUCUCUGAUCAAGCAGAAGAAAAGGAAGCUGAACUGGUCAGAAGAAGAAAAAGUGAAUUCAAGUCAAUUUCUGAGAAAAUUUUAACCUCUGACAUUGCUCAAGUUAAAGUUCCAGUAACUGAAGAAAGGAUUGAAGACACUAAAGUUUCCUGGUUGAAAUUAAACACUGAGAAGACUCAAGAUGAUCUGAAGAAGAAGAGCUUAUAUGGGAGUCUUGGUGUGGAAUUUGUUCCCAACAACCAUGCAGCCAUUCUCAACACAGCCGAUGCUCCAAGGGAUUAUCAUCCCAUCCAGCAAUUCUUGGCACAGAGUGCCCUCGAUGGAUCACCAUCAAUUGUGUUCUCAUAUGAAGGGGAGGAGUAUGCUGUUACUCCAGCCACAGUUCGUCAGGCAUUCAACAUGCCAGAGAGUGCAGCCUAUAUGACAAAUGGAGACACAAAUCUAAGGAGCAUGAUGGAUGCUCUGGGCUACAGUGAAUCACUCGAAAAAUUGGGACAAUUGAAGCGUCCAGGGCUCAAAAGGGAAUGGAGUUUUUUCUUCGACUGCAUCACAAGGGCCUUUCAGAAGAAGUCUACCAACUGGGAUGCCAUACCCAUGGACAUGCUGCAGAUUGGGCUUCAUAAAAGGGUGUUCAACGACCUCAUUUCCAAGGAUGAGAAGUAUCCAAUUCAGAGGCCCCUUCUAAUUCCAGCUCCAGUUAGAGCUAGGAUGGAUUUGCCACAACAACAACAACCACAACAACAACAGCCUCAACCUCCAAUUUCUCCUACAGCCACUAAACAACCCAGAUCCUCUGCAUCCAAGUCUAAAAAGGCUACAAAGUCUGAUGAAAAUCCCUCUACUAAGAAGACCAGAACCUCUGUUGUUACACAAGUUCUGCAGACAAAGUCUGAUAAACUAGCAAACUCUGAUGCUGCAAACUCUGAUGCUGUAAACACUGAAGCUGCUUCUCCACCAAAGCAGAAAAGAAGGAGACUUGUUGCAGCCUAUGAUUAUGACGAUCUGGAAGCCUCUCCUGCAACAAACUCUGAACCUUCCCAGGCCAGUCCUCAAACAAAGACAGCAAGAUUCAAAAGAAGGGCUAACAAGCCUAAGAGGGCAAAGGUGCCCAUAACUGAGAUCACAGAUUUUACUAUUGAGGAAGAGCAAGCACCAUUCACUACAAUUCCUGAUGAUCUAUCUCAAGCUCUCAUGGUGCAUCCUCUUCAAGCUGUUCCACUCUCAACUGCUACAGCAUCUUCUACUUCAUCUGAAAACAGAGGUAGCCAGUUUCAAAGAAACUCAAAAUAUGGAUAA